AGUCCACUUUGAUGAUGUGAGCCUCUCGCAGUUCGUCACUGGUGCCCCUCGAUGCAGCACCGCGAGUCCAGCCUCUUUGCACCAGGAUUGAUGCCUCCGGCGGCUCUUUGAUGAGCGGGACGUUACGGGACAGCAGGACAUCGGACGUUGGCCUAUUCCGUUAUCCCAGACUUUUUGCCAACCAUGUCCAGGAGAAAGGUGAGAGGCCUGACCCGCACGGGCCGCCAGGUCAGCGAGGACCCGGACCUGGACAACCUGCUGUCCACCCUGUCGCCCGAGGAGAUGGAGGAGCUGGAGAAGGACAUGAUGAAAGUGCCCGACCUCAACCCGGAGGACGGGGCGAUCAUCGUCCAAGGGGAGAGCCAGCCUGCGCAGCCACACACGGGCAACAAUGUCUCCGACGCAAAACUGGACAGCAGGCGGGAGAGUGGCACCAGAGGGAGGCUCAGUCAGAGGGAACAGUCACUUGAGGGCGAGCCGAAGAAGGAGAGCCGGAAGCAAGAAUACCUGAGGAAGAUGGGCCUGAGCCAGGAGGGGAACGACGACAUCAACGCAGGGCUACGAAGACAAGCUAGUGUCUCGGGCGAAGGAGACGCCAAGGUGGACGACAGGAACGGCAAAGGUCCCGAAAGUUCAAGAAACGAGCAAAGUCGCCUUUCAAGUAGAUACAGGAGGCAGGAGAGCAGAGACAGUGACGUGAAAGAGGAGACCAACGACAAAGAGAAAUGUGAAGACAACCGGAUGAAAGACAGGAGAGAAAACAGAGAGAGCACAGGCAACAAAACAAAGGAUAUGAUCUCCAAGUUGCAGGAGAAGAAGGAAGACGGCAAAGAGAAGGAGAGGAAGGACGACUGCAGGAGGAGAGAUGACAGCAAAACCAAAGACAUUAUCUCAAAGCUGCGGGAGAAAAAUGAAAAGGACGUGGGCAAGGAAAAGGAAAAGGAGAGAAAAUCCGAGGGCGUCAGGACACAAGGGCUGGUCUCUAAAAUGUUGGAGAAGCAGAGCAAGGCACAAGAAAGCCAGGAGAGCAAGUCCGAGGAAAAGAGGCCAAAAGCAGAGGAGAAAAAAGCCGAAGAUAAAAACAAACCCGACGUCAAGCUUGAGCGACAGCUGUCUGAGAAGGGCGAGGUGCAGGUGAAACACGACAAGGCAGAAAAAAGAACGGACCGAGAGGAGCUGGUCAACCACAGCGACCACGUGAAAGAGAAGGAGAAGAAGACUAGCACCGAGACGAAAGUGGAGGAGAAGACGGAACGAGACGAGAUCAGAGGAAAAGUCAGAAAAGCCGCAGAGACUGAGAAACUCGGCAACUGUGUUUCCAAGAGCGCCGCAAACAGCAAGGCGAAGGAGGAGGAGGACGAAGAGUCAAGCAUGUUCGACGAGCUGAUGGAGCAGGUCCGGAGCAACGACCCCUCCCUCACUGAGCUCAACGUCAACAACUCGGAGGUCAUCAAGACGAAGACACUCAUCGAGUUUGCGGGCGCCUUGCACAGCAACACCCACAUUAAAACAUUGGCUUUGGCCAACUGCCGCGCGGACGACCACGUGGCUUACGCCAUCGCUGGCACGAUACGCAGCAACAAGACCAUCACCAGCAUCAACGUUGACUCCAAUCAUCUCACCGGCAAGGGCAUCCUGUCUCUCAUCCAGGCGCUGCAGCACAACGCCACGCUGACCGAGCUGCGCUUCCAGAACCAGCGGCACGUCUGCGGCGGGAAGACUGAGAUGGAGAUGACCAAGAUUCUCAAAGAAAACACCACGCUGCUCAAACUGGGCUACCACUUCGAGCUAGCCGGGCCCAGGAUGACCACGACGAACAUCCUGAGUCGCAACAUGGACCGGCAGAGGCAGAAGCGCCUGCAGGAGCAGAAGCAGGCCCAGGCUAACGGGGAGAAGAAGGGAACCCUGGAGGUGCCCAAGGGCGGAGGCGGAGGAUCCCUGAGAAGCUCGCCCAGAGCCUCCCCCAAGCCUUCCCCCAUGCCCUCACCCAUGCCCUCACCGAAGCUGACGCCUAAAAGAAGAAGUGGAGGUCCGGCUCCGCCGCCGCCUCCACCUCCUCCUGGGGGUGGACCUCCGCCUCCACCUCCUCCCAUGAUGGAUGGAGACGCCCUGAGGAACUCUCCGACUCCACGUGGCGGUAAGAACACAAGGGACCAACUGCUUGACUCGAUCAGAGGAAGCACUGUCAAACAACUCAAGAAGGUGCCGGUGCCAAAGUGGUUGCAGUAGUAUUUACUGUCGGGAUACAGGGUGGAAGAUGAAGAGAGGCAGAACCGACAUCAAGGAGGUUUUCAUGGAGAUUAACUCUACGCCCACCCACCCCCCCAAGGGCUGUGGGGCGGGAGGAGGAAGUGAAACAUAAGAUGCCCAUCGGUUGGAUGAAAAGCCUUCACUAUGAGUUCUCCCCUCAAACACUGGACCAAAAGGACACUGUGGAGAAGGAGUGAUGCGGGGCCCUCUAUUAGCCGACUGCAGAGAGUGCCACCACCUUCUGGUCGUUUCUCUUUUAGUUCAUAUUGACGCUUUGCUGGUUAUUUGCACUAGUUAAUAUGAAGCCGAUCGUAUAACAUGUCGGCUUGCGUAUGCAUCUGAAUGUGAGCGUGGUGGGAGUGUGUGCGCGCGAUGAGCUUGAUAAGGAGAUUCAAAUAACUCUAUAAAAAUUCUAAUAUACAAAAGUUUAUCUAUGAUAUAGUGGACGUUGAUUUGCAGUUUAUUUAUUUAUGGAGAGGGAAGCCACCUUAUACUUGUCAGUCGUAAAUCUGUUCAAACUGGGAAUUCUGAAAUGGCGGAAAUAUCAGGGAAUUAACACACAUGGCGGCCUGUCUUAAAGAAAACCUGGGUAUGAAAAAAAAGAAGUCAAGGUGGUCUUUGAUUGUGUGUCUCAAUGCCAAAUCUCAACACAUCUCAGGCGGGGGUUCAUCUAAUGGGAAAGCAGCCCGCUGGCGCAUGACGAAAGAGUUUGAGCAUGGAAAUAAUUACAUGAUGCAUUUUGUAUCUGGAAGUGCAAACGGCUGUCCUUCUUGUAUCUGAGCUUAUAUUUUGUACAGAAUCAUUCUAGCCUGGGUGUUUGAGUAUCUUACAUAACUUUUAUGUAAUGCACCUACAUGUCUUAACCUUUUGGGGAUUGAAAAGAGCAACAACAUCACUGGCUUUAUAUCAACUCUCCUGUGUAUUUAUGUUGAACUUUUAAGUGAAUGUCAUUUAAUGUGAUAAACAAAAAUCAGAGAGCACACACACACGUGUACUGUGCAAUGGAGGAUUCUCUUCCAUAUUUGACCACACAUGCCUUUCUUACCGAGCCUGUAUGUCUUCAAUAAAUGAUUCUGGUAUGUCUGCAAUGACAUGUCACAAUUGUAAUGUUAUACCUGGCUGAUAUCAUUAAGGAGAAUAUGUAUAGUAUGUGUAAAAUGGAAUUAACUGACUUAUUUUUUCAGUAUGAUAAAUCAAGGUGUGUAUGUAUUGAUA